UAACUGUACUGGAUGAAGACAAAGUUUCAGGAACCAAGAUGACUGCUUGACUUCCUCUUCCAUCCAUCCAUCCAUCCCUUUGACCAAAUAGCAAAUAGAAAACACGCAGGUGAAGACGGGCGGACAGCAAAGCAAAGGGGAAUAUGAUUGAUCAGUUUAUCAAUUUUGUGAUUCGACCCCCCAGGGCGGAAUACAAUCCUGAAGAAAACUUAUGGGAAAAAGAGUUCAGUAUUGGUGGAAGGGAAUUCAUAAGACAAGACCUUGAAAUCAUCAAUAAGAGAGGGCAUUCCUUGAAGUGUACCCAUUACAUGCCUUUUUGCCGACAACAAGAGGCGGAGGAGAUUCUUCCUUGCGUCAUUUACUGCCAUGGUAACAGUGGUUGUCGUGCCGAUGCUAAUGACGCCGCUCUUAUUCUUCUGCCAUCCAACAUCACUCUCUUCACUCUUGAUUUUUCUGGUUCUGGCUUGUCCGACGGCAACUACGUGUCCCUUGGUGCCCAUGAGAGUCAUGACGACCUCAACGUUGUUGUCUCGUAUCUCCGAACUAAUCAGCGCAUUUCUCGCAUCGCUCUUUGGGGACGCUCUAUGGGUGCAGUUACUAGCUUGCUCUAUGCUUCCCAAGACCCUUCUAUUGCAGGGAUGGUCCUGGAUAGUCCUUUUUCUAAUUUAUUUAACCUUAUGUUGGAACUCGUUCAUCUUUACAAUAUCCGCCGCCUUCCCAAGUUUACGGUGAAGGUAGCUCUGCAGUACAUGCGCCGAGUGAUUCAAAAGAAGGCAAAGUUUGAUAUCAUGGGUAUAAAUCCCUUGAAGGUUGCACCGAAAACGUUUAUUCCUGCUUUAUUUGGACAUGCCAAAGGUGACAAGUUUAUACAACCCCACCAUUCAGACCUCAUCUUUAAUUCCUAUGCGGGAGAUAAAAAUAUGAUUAAGUUCGACGGUGAUCACAACUCAUCUCGGCCACAGUUUUAUUAUGACUCGGUAUCCAUAUUCUUUUACAACGUACUUCACCCUCCCCGAGUUUCACCAUCAUGUUCAAGCAAAUAUGAAAAAUAUUACGAUCUGGGAGAUCUUCAGGUUGAUGCUGGUUUAGAAGAGAAGUAUCUGGUAAAUGAUUUAAGUAUGGGUAGUCUUCACGAACCAUCACUAUUUCAGGACAAGCCAAGUGUUCAAACCGAGGAGUGUUGUUCCUCUACGAGCUCAAAUAGAGGGAGCUGGGGAAGAUGUUCAUCUCUCGGCAGUGUUGGUGAACUUAAUGAUGAUCUGGUAACAUUCAAGGUUCUUGCCACACCUCUUCGGACCACUCAACAUGAACCUACCGAUUUAUUUAAGGAGAAGAAGAAAGUUCCAAUGGCUACAAAGAGAUCUGGAAGAGAGAAGUUUGAAAGACUAGAGGCUCUUAGUCAGCGCCUGCGUCUUUGCAUUCUGGGACGUGUCUCACAUAGGAGGAAUCAUUCUUCCUGAUGAACUUUGUAAAAUAGAGAAUAAGAUGAACAUUGUAUUUCUUUGUAUCGUAAUUCAUAACCAUAUAUGUAGAUCCCAGGUUCUAUGAUGAUUUCCAUCAUGUAAAAAAAAAAAGAAUGAAACUAGAAGUGAAACACGAUGAGCCAGAUUUGGGACGUAUAACAAUUGUAUUUGUCAAAGCUUAAUUUAAUCAAGUGUUUUUGAA